UCUAGGACUAGCUCCUUGAAGUUCGAUCGUACGAAGAGGAUGGGGUGCGUGAACAGUACAGAUCAACAUGCAAAGCUACGAUCGAAGCAUAUCGACGAACAGUUGAAAGCUGAUGGAGAACGUGCAGCUCGUGAAGUGAAGCUGCUGUUGUUGGGAGCUGGUGAAUCAGGGAAAAGCACUAUCGUUAAGCAGAUGAAAAUUAUUCAUGAAACCGGCUAUAGCGACGAGGAACGGAAGCAGUAUCGGCCGGUUGUGUUCAGCAAUACUAUACAGUCAAUGGUUGCGCUGCUUCGAGCCAUGGGCACAUUGAAAAUCGACUUCAAAUCACCGAAUAGCGUUGAGGACACACAACAAUUCUUCAGCAUUAGCCAAACGUGUGAUGAGGGCGAGUUGCCUCCAGACUUGGCAAGUGUUAUGAAACGUCUUUGGGCAGAUCCAGGAAUCCAGGAAUGUUUUAUGAGGUCGCGCGAGUUCCAACUGAAUGACUCCGCUCCAUACUACUUGAAUUCUCUGGAGAGAAUAGCUCAGCCUAACUAUAUUCCGACCCAGGAUGACGUGCUACGAACUAGAGUCAAAACCACUGGAAUUGUUGAAACACAUUUCACCUACAAGGAUCUGCAUUUUAAGAUGUUUGACGUUGGUGGACAAAGAAGUGAACGAAAGAAAUGGAUACACUGUUUCGAAGGUGUCACAGCUAUUAUCUUCUGCGUAGCUAUGAGCGAGUACGACAUGGUCCUGGCGGAGGACGAUGAAAUGAACCGAAUGAUCGAAUCAAUGAAACUUUUUGAUUCAAUUUGCAAUAACAAAUGGUUUACGGAAACAUCAAUAAUUCUGUUUUUGAACAAGAAGGAUCUAUUUGAAGAAAAGAUCAAGCGAUCACCUUUAACACGUUGCUUCCCCGAAUAUACCGGAGCUAACACUUACGAAGAAGCAGCCGCCUAUAUGCAGCUACAGUUUGAGAACAUGAAUAAGCGACGAGAUGGCCAGAAGGAGAUUUAUACGCAUUUUACAUGUGCGACUGAUACGAACAAUAUACGCUUCGUGUUCGACGCUGUUACGGACAUCAUCAUCCGUGAAGUCAAAUGCUCGAUUAUCUUCGCCAUCAAAGAUGGUUCCAGUAUAUACAUACCCAAAGACUGCGCUUGUUCAAACGGUCACAAAGAUGCAACAUCCCGCGCUCCUCCUUUUCAAGAAGCUGGAAGGAUUCUUCCAUUUGUAUUGAUGAUAAAUGUCGUGCACGGUCGACAUUUUACUCUGUCCUAUGAUAAUCGGCCAGAGAAUGUUGUUAUGUACAUAAGACGCCGUCCAAUUAUUUUCACAUGA